AUGCACGCCUCCUAUGCUGAAAAAGGUUUACGCAUCUUGGCCUUUCCUUGCAACCAGUUUGGAGGGCAGGAGCCAGGAACAGAGGAGGUGAUUAAGGAGUUUGCUAAAGGCUACAAUGCUGAAUUUGACAUGUUCAGUAAGAUUGAUGUCAAUGGGGACAAGGCCCACCCCCUCUGGACGUGGAUGAAGGCCCAGCCAAAAGGGAAAGGAACCCUGGGGAAUAACAUCAAGUGGAACUUCACUAAGUUUCUCAUAAACAGAGAAGGGCAAGUUGUGAAGAGAUAUGGCCCUACAGAUGAUCCAAGUGUGGUGGAAAAGGAUCUUCCCUCCUACCUGUAG